GACCGCUACACAACGGCUCAUGGCGUCCGCGGCCUUGACGUCGGUCUUGGCGGGCAGCGGCGACGACCCGCGGGCCUUCGUGGCCCUCUACACGCGCCUCAUCCACGCGCAGACCAAGGCGACGCCGUCCGCCCGGACCUCGCGCCUCGCGCUCCAGGACGCGCUCGUGCACAACCCCGACGCGACGACGGGCAAGCGCUACGCCGUGGCCUUCCGCGCCGUCGACGUCGCCAGCCUGCAGCAGCCAGACGCAGCCCUGGAAGACAUGUUUCCGGACAACGACGUCGCGCGGGUCUACUACGUACUGCGCGUUCUCUUGCGCGCGCUCCGCGGCCCCGAACAGAGCGUGGCCGCCCGCGACGUCUUUGCGAACCGCAGCCACCUCCUCGACGUGCAGUGCAUUCUCUGCCAGGCACUGGCGCGUGACUGGCUCCCGCUCGGUGACCUCGUGCCUGUGCUCUUGGACACGGCCAUUGGUGCGUCGCUCUUUGUCGGCGUCGUCGAGAACGACCCGAGCACGAUCUUCGUCAUUGCCGAGGCGCUCGUGGCGACGAUCAAGAAGCAGCCGACUGACGCGCAUGUGUAUGCGCAGUGCCGUAGCAUGCUCGUGGCACUGAGCCAGCGCUCCUUGGCGACGGCGCUGGACCUUCGUCGCCGGUGCACUGCGACCGACAUGCCUGUCUUGGCGGCCGUCGCGCUCGAUAUUACGCUCUCAUCGCCGCUUCAGGACGCGCCGCGCUUUAUUGCGACCAUGAUGCGCGGGUCGCAGGCACCGCAGUUUUGGACGUUUGUCCACGACGGCCUCCACGCGCCGCCGACCGACAAUGGCAUUCGCAGCUCGUACCGCGAGCUCCUCGAGCGGCUCCGGUCGACGCUGCUGCAAGCGCUCGCAUCGUGGGCUCCCGAGCACGGACUCUUUGUGCUCGAGACGUUGCUGCGGAGCUACUGCGGGCUCCUUGGUCGCGGCAGUCUCCAGCUGCACGAGACUGAAGCCACCGCGCUCCUCACGGUGAUUGCGCGGGCGCUUCCGGUGCUGCACUCGCCGCGGGGCACGGCGGUUGUCCCUGUCGCCUUUGCGACGCUCGUGCUCGCGUGUCUCUCCAAGCUUGGGUCGCCCGACGACGUGCCGUUCAUGCAGGAAGCGCGCCACGGCAUCAAAGCUCUCUAUGAUGCCGACCGCGCCGCGUCCGGACCGGCCUUUAUGAUGAUGGCGCUUCUGCUCUACACCAAGCCUAGCAUGGUCGUGGACCUUUUGCGCAACGUCAUCGACUGCGCCGUCGUCGUGCCCGUCGAGCGCAUCCCACUCUUUGGCGAGUACGUGCUCAAGCUGGACUUUACCGAAGCGGUCAUGGUCCACGGGCUCUUGGCGACAGCGACGCCACCAACGAUUGACGCGCGCACGCACAACGUACUCCACGAGAUGGCGCUGCGCGUGACGUACUCGCUCCUCUGCGAACGGUCGUUCGUCCGGCACAAGGCCAACCCUGGCGACUGGCUCUACCUCCAAGUGCAAGCGGCGACGCUGCCACUGCACCCAAUCCUGCCCAGUCUCAUGCUCGAGUGGGCUGAGAACACGGUCGCGAGCGUCGACCCAAACACGCAGCAGGCGCACAUCCCGAGCCUCCGCGCGCCGCUCGUUCAUGACACGAUCCUCGCCGUCGCGUCGCUCGACGUGGCGACGCACCCAAAGGCGUGGGCCCGCGCGGCUCUGCUCUUGGUCUACGCGCUGCACAUGAACCGGCGCAGUCCGGCCAAGCCCGCGUACGAGACGCACACCCUUCCGAUUCAGCGCAUCUUUUCGGUGACGGCGGCCGCGUCACGGGCCAACGACGCGUUCGAGUUUGUGUUUCCGCUGCUUCUGCGCCUCGUGCUCGACGACUUUGCCCACGCGCUCUUGCCGGCGCCAACGCAGAGCAAACUGCACACGACGCACGACGUGAGUUGUCCGAUUCCAGAGGCGUGGCGCUCUAUCGACGGGCUCCAGCGAUUUAUGCCCGAAGUGCGCGAUGCCUUGGCCAACUUGCGUGACGCGUCGGGUGCGGCGCUCUCGCCUCUUGUCCAUUGGCUCGUCUCGGUAGUCCUCCCCGCGGCCAUGGGCGCGUCACUGCCGCCAACGACGACGACCAACCCGUUCGCAACAUUGUCCGACGCUUCGUCGUCUCGGACGGCGGUCGCCCACGCUGACGUGUGCAACCUCGUGGCGCCACUGCUGCUGCGAGGGCUGCCAUUCCACGCAACACCGGACGCCGUGUACGUGGCACUCGCCCGCACGCUCUGCGGUGGCCCGCGUGUCCCGAUCUCGUACCCCGAUCUGCUCGAGGAACCCUUUGCCGUGCUGCGCUGCGACCCGGUGGUUUGGACAAGCGCCGCGCUCGUGUCGCUUUUGCUGCCGCUGCUAAACGCGUGUCGGCGCUGGUCGGCGUACCAGGUGAUGCGUUCGGCGGACGACGCCUCGGACCCGGCGCAGUUUGUGCUGCUCCAAGACGCCGUGUGCGUCCACGCGCUCCUCGACGUCCUCGACGCGUCGUCCGGGCCCACGGCGUCGCUCGUACUUUUGUGGCUGCAAGCCACCUUUUCCCAGAACCCGCUCCUGCUGCUCACCGUGCACUCGCAGGGCUACCCGCCGGCGCUUGUCCCGCGGCUCGUUCGCCACGUGCCGGCCAUGGAAGAGCUCUUGGCGUCACUCCCGGACCUGCUCAACUGCAACGACUUGGCCAAACUGGCGUUUCGCUGCGAACUCGCGAGCGUCUUGGCGAAGGAGUACCCCCACGGCACGGCGUCGAUCCUGCUCAAGAGCCUGCUCGGGAAGCUCAAGCUCAUCUACGACACGGAUCGGGCGACGACAAGUGAGAAAGUCCUUAGCAACGACGUAUUGAGCUUCUUUGCGAGUGUGCUCCCGAGCGUCGGGUCGCUCAGCGUGACGUUCCCCGACAUGGCCGAAGAAAGCGUCCAGCUGCUCAUCAAGCUGCGCGUGCAGAUCGUGCACCAGUCGUCAGACCUCCUCGCGGCGAACCCGCUGCUCCUGGCCCUCGACGUGGUCGUCCAGCGCGUCUUUAGCCAGCUCGUUCGCAUGACGCCCAGCACCUUUUAAGUUGCUUGCUCGCACUUAACAAAAUGCAUACAAAAAGGGAGAUGGUUCUGCUAGGUGCGGUUGAUACAAAACUUGAUGCAACCCUAACCCCGACUGCAGCCGAGAGCAGAGGCGAUCAAGGUCCUUUGCUGCACGUCAGCACUCGGACACCGAAGAAUCAUACGUAUAAGCUGAAGCGAGC